AUGGCAGCACUCAAAUUUUUGAACCUCCUUACCAUCUCCACCCUCGCCAUUCUCGCCUGCUCCUUCACCGCCUCCCCAGUGAACGCUCUCGCUGGGUCUGGUCAUCACAACGUCGGCCGCUCGCCUAUCCGUGGUCAUGACAGCAUAGCCAAGAGAAAGCGCGACACAUCUUCUAAGCGCUGCAAGCCUAGGUCA